AUGAAAGUUAGAAUCCAGAAGAAAGAAAGCGAGAAACAGGCUGGUCAUGGAAGUCACAGUCCCUAUGAUCAGAAAAGGUUGCAUAAAUUUCAUGCAAGGCUUCAGAAAAAUAGGGCUGGUAAGAGGAACCGAGUGCAGUCUAGAAUGAGAAGCGCAACUAAGAUGAAGGUUCCAGAUGUGUCUUUUAAAGACCGCACUGGUUACUGUUAUCUAGACCCAAACGGCAAUGUGCCAGCAUGUCCACAUGGGCCAUGCAUUCUGUUAGGAAGGAAGUCAAGAUCUGGAAAAGUUAUCGAUCGAAAGUUUGUCUGUGCGGUAUUUCGUAAAGGCGAAUGCGAUUUCUCAUGCCCUGUUGCAGAAGAUGGGUCUCUCACAGUUCCAGAAGCUUCUGUUUCUACGGUAGAUAGUGGUGGCCUUAAAAAGAGUGCUCCCUUCAGAAAAAUUUAUAAAAGCAUCAAACGACUUUCGGCAGCGGAUGAGAAUCUUUUUUACUGCAAGACGUGUAAUGAUGCGGUUUCUUCAACCCAUACACACUCAGUAGUUGGUCCGUUGAAGAAGACGCAAUUCAGGAAGCCUUCAGUUCUUUUCUCAUUAGAUGAUUCUAAGUCUAGCAAAGCCCAAUUCUGGUUCUCGGAAGACUGCCUACGGGUUUUAGACGAUAUCAUAAGUGAUAAUGAUUUUGAUGGUGUUUUAUGUAUCGGUACUCCGACUGUCUUCGAAUUUAUACAGUGCGAUCCCGAGAGAAGGGCUCGGUUAAAAUCAUUUUUACUGGAUUUGGAUGGACGUUUUGGAGCCUUUUACCGAUCUACUCAGUUUGCUCAAUACAGUAUGUUAGUUGAUCAUUUUUACAACGCAUUAAGUUUAAAGAAGGUAAAUCAGUAUUUUAAAUCUGUACAAAAACUAGUUAUCAUAUGUGAUCCUCCCUUUGGAAUCCUCACGGAACCGUUGCUGAGAGCUUUAGAAAAGCUUCAGGACAGAUACCGUCUCACGGACGCGUCGUAA